AUGGAUCGACGCAAUGACGAUCAGGAUGAGAAGGUCGAGUUGAACACUUAUCGCUACCAAUCGAAUAAUGCCAGCUUCGAUCAAGAGCCCUUCGCGCCAUCACCAAUUUCCCCGAGAGCCCUCACCCCCAUCAGGCCCGGCCAUUUCCCUACCGAUGAGUAUGGUCAGCCUGUGUGGCUGCAGCCCGCAGCUCGGAUGUCCGGCCACUCCGACUCGAUUAGCGGCUCGCCGUGGAAUACCCAAACGCCCUACGAUUCCCGAUCAGCUUCCCCAACUCUGGGUGGUGUGCAGGAAAGCCACCAGAGUCUAGCCCCACUGGUAACCGCGCCGGCGUCGCCCGGAUUUGCUAAGGAUUGGGUCAAAUCGGGAUCUAUUGCCCGAAUCCACGACCGAGACGAUGUGGAAAUUUGGAAAGGAUGGAAGCGUUAUGUCUUCUUCCUCGUGCCCUUCCUGACAUUGGCCAACACGGGUAUCUACCUGUUUUACCUGGGCCUCCGCAUUGCCUGCAUUAUCAUGGCGCAAAAUGUGGCCGGGGUAUCCUACGCCGGAGCUUGGGUGUUUGUGGCUAUUGAAAUCACUGUCGCAAUCCCCUCCCUCAUGCACAAUUGUUGGACCAUGAUGGCUCUGAAGAAGCGAGGCAGAGCCAAGCUUCGAUUGACAGGCAAUGAAUGCCCGACUGUGGAUGUGUUCAUCACCUGCUGCGGCGAAGAGGACGAUGUUGUUCUUGAUACCGUGCGCGGUGCAUGUGACCAGGACUACCCACGCGAUUCGAUGCGAGUGAUCAUUUUGGACGACGCUCGGUCGAAGACCCUGGAAGACGCCUGCAACCAACUAGCCACGAUCCACCCCAAUGUCAUCUACAUGGCUCGUGAAAAGAUCCCCGGCAAGCCCCAUCACUUCAAGGCGGGUAACCUCAACUACGGUCUGGAACAGACGACCCUCCUUCCCGGAGGCGCUGGCCAGUUCAUGGCUGCUCUGGACGCUGAUAUGAUUCCCGAACAAGACUGGCUCCGUGCGAUUCUUCCCCACUUGUUGGUGGACCCCAAGAUGGCCCUUGCAUGCCCGCCGCAGCUGUUUUACAACACCCCUGCAUCCGACCCCCUCGCCCAAAGUUUGGAUUUCUUCGUGCAUGUUAUUGAGCCGAUCAAGGACGCGCUCGGUGUCGCCUGGUGUACUGGAUCUGGUUAUGUCGUCCGACGCGAGGCUCUCGAAGAGAUCGGCAACUUCCCUCUUGGCUCUUUGGCGGAAGAUGUCGCGACCUCCACACUGAUGCUUGGCAGAGGAUGGAGGACCGCUUACAUCCACGAACCCCUCCAAUUCGGUACCGUCCCUGAGGACUUUGGUGGACAUCUCAAGCAGCGCACACGAUGGGCUAUCGGAACCGUCGACACCGCUGCCAAGCUGAAGUUCUGUCUUUACGGCGAUGCCGUCAAGAAGAUGACUUUCGCCCAGCGAUUCUCUGGAUUCCUGUAUGCCACGCUCAGUGUUUAUACCCUUCUUCUCACCGCGUCCCUCUUCGCCAUUCCUAUCAUUCUUCUGUGGGGCAAGCGCCUAGUCGCCUUUGCGACUGAAGAGCAACUCCGCUGGUUGAUCUGGUCCUGCUUCGCGGCAACCGUGUCUAACCGUCUUUGUGAAUUGGCCCUGUUCGUUCCCGCCGGAUACCACACCGGUCAGCGAGGAUCGCGCUACCAACUCUGGAUGUCGCCCUAUAUCGCCCUCUGUAUUGUGCGCUCCUUCAUCCUCCCCACCUGGCUGGGUGGUCAAACCCAGGCCUUCAAGCCUACCGGAUCUCUUGGCUCCACCCUUAACGAACGUGAUCCCAAAAAGACCAAGAAUAUGUUCGUUCGUCUUCGUGUCAUCCUUCUUAAUUACAUGGCCAGUUUCCACCUGGCUUUCGUCUACGUGACUUUGAUUGCGGUCGUCAUCUCUUCUUACCGCUGCUUUGCGCAGAACUCGGGCUUCAGAGACAUCAUUCUCUGUCUCAUUACCCACGCGUUCUGGCCUCCACUCACCUUCCUCUUCAUCUGCUCUUCGCUCUGGACCCCCGUGUCUUACGCGAUCCACCCCCCCUCCAUGCCGGAGCGUGAAGAGCUGCUCACGCGCGAUCCAAAGACCGGCGUUGCACACCCCACCAAGAAGAGCAAGAAGAUCGCUUUCGGUGGCCAGGCCGCAUGGUUCGAGCUCCAGUACAUGGUUGCCACCAUCGCGACAAUUCUGGUCUUUAUUUACUCCUUUAUGUUCUAA